AAUCUGUCAGUUUGCAUUCUUGCUCUCUUUCGCCCCGUUAGUAGUCUGGUUAGUAGUAUAGCAUUCCAACAGUACCCUCCUCAUACCAUCCGCCCACAAUGACAACCGCCCUCCGCACGCCCACAAACCCCCUCCCUCCCAUCGGCAGCGGCUCCCACUUCCCACACCCACACACACCGCGUCUCGCAGCCGCCUCAUCCGCCCUCGCCCCCGAUGCCCUUGACAACUCCAACCACAGCACCCCACCAACAAACAACUCUACAAGAACAACAACGCUCUCAUCCAAACUAACAAAUGUGGAAGCGCAACGUAUUUUGAGCGUCGUGGUCGAAACGCAGCGUAAAGUGCAGUUGGUGGGGUUGUUGCCGGAUGCAAUGGAUAGACGGAUGGGGACGGUUUUUGUGGGGGAGAUUGUGGGGGGGUUGACUGAGCUGAGACAACUGGAAGCGGCGUACACGGCCAAACUCGUUGCGGCGCGCGCGGCGAUACAGAACGGGGCACAUGGGGCAAAGGAUCCGGACCUACACACCCUCCCCCACGCCAUCCGCUCCGUGACCCGCACCCUCGUCCGGCACUUCCUCCAACACCCGACGGCCUCCUCCAAACUGCGGUAUCUAAAAUCCACAAAAACAGCAGGCGUGUCGCAGUUCGAGUCGCUGCUGCAGGAGGUCCGCAAUCUGGUGUAUGAGCGGCUCGCGACGACGGUUGAGGAUGAGGCGGAGAAGAGGGAGAGGUUGAGUGGGAUUUUGGGGAAAGAGAUGCGGACAAGCAACGAGGUGAAACUCCUCCGCGAAGAGCUUGAUAAAGCCAAGAAGGAGCGCACGGCCGAGGUCAAUAAGCGGAACGAGGUCAUUCGGCGGCUCAAAGAGGAAUUACGGACAAUCAAAAAACAAGCAGAAGACACAACCAAACGGCUUGAAUCCCGCUCAAAGCAGAAAGAAGACGCCGACGUUCAGGCCUUCAAAGACAAACAAUCACAUCUGCAAACCGAAACCGCCGCCCUGCGCCAACACCUGGCAACUCUCACACAGCAACACAACGAAGAAGAAGCCAACCUACGCAAACGCAAGUUCAAAGUCGAGAGCGAGGUGGAGAACUGGAUCCAUAAAUAUGACCAGGAUAUGGAUGAGAAGCAGACUGAGUUGGAGGAUAUCACGGCAAUCUACCUCGAAGAAAAGGCCCAACUAGAUGAACUCUCCGCCCGGCACGCCGACAUGAAAAAGGAGUAUGAAACUAUUAUGGAAGAGCGGAAGGUCGAGGAUGAAAAACGCAAAGAACGCGAAGCCCUCCUUCGCCGCAACGUAAUGGCCGCGACGCGCAUUCAGGCGCUCUUUAAGGGAUGGAAGGUUAGGAGGGAAUUGGCUAAACAGCGGUCCGGGUCGGCUAAAAAAGGUAAAGGUGGUAAAGGCAAGGCGGGCGCUAAGUCAGCGAAAGGUGGGGCAAAGAGCCCUAAGAAGAAAUAGGGCCAAAAAAUUGAGGGAUUUGUGAAUUGGGGGAUGUUAUGGACAAUACGAUUGGAUUAA